GGGCUGCGGCCGAGGCAGCCCCUGGCCGAGUGUUAGGGAAGCGUAACCGGCCAGCUGCUUUCUCCUUCCGCGGCGUGUCUCCAGGCCCCAAGUCUCUGCGGCCGUGGGCCGCCCAUGUCUCUUCAGCGUGGUAAGGCUCCUUGAGGGAGAGACUUGUGACUCCCCAAACCAAGUCGUCACGGAAACGGUCUAUAAUUUAUGAAUGCGUGGUCGGCCUUCGUUGUUGUGCGCUCGCCUACCACGUUCACGGGUAGCAGUCCCAGUCCUCAACUUGGCAUUUUUUUAAGUUCCCCAGAUUACACCCUGUUCUGUAUCCGGCCGGUUAUUAAGAGAAGCAGUGCAGUGUAGAAUGACCCUUAAAAGAAGGAUCUGGAAACCAGUUCCGUUUGCCUUUCUUUAACCAAAGAGUUGUUGAGCGUCUGUGUACCAGACAGUGGCUUGGCAGUAUUCACAUUUAAAUCACGGCCAUUGCCUUAAAAUAAUAACACGAACCAGUGAAGUACAUAGAAUACUGGACAAAUAACAUAACAAAUAAUGCUAAGCCGGCUAGAGAUGUUCAAGCUGCUGUCAAAGCAGAGGUACUAACAGGAAGGAAUAUCUGAUGAAGGCAAUUAUGCCUCUCUUCCUAAUUCGUAGCUGAAGAGUGAGUUAGCUGAUGUGUCAGUGAUUGAAGGUUUUCAUUCCUUCAUUUAUUUGACAUACUCUUUUUGAAUUCCUAGUGUGUGCCAGGGACUGUCCAUUGGGGAUACAGUAAUGUGCAAAAAACAACCAGGUCUCAGCUCUCUUGGAGUUUAGAUUUUAAAGGAGGAGUUCAUAUGUUAAUCAGACAAAUAUAAAACCACAAAGACCAUAAAUUUCUACAAAGGAUAGAGCUUGUGGACAAAUGUAUAGGAUCGAGAAUUCACAUUGUGAUGAAGAGUGAUAAGGAAAUUGUUGGCACGCUUCUAGGAUUUGACGACUUUGUCAAUAUGGUACUGGAGGAUGUCACUGAGUUUGAAAUCACACCGGAAGGAAGAAGGAUUACUAAAUUAGAUCAGAUUUUGCUUAAUGGAAAUAAUAUAACAAUGCUUGUUCCUGGAGGAGAAGGACCUGAAGUAUGAAUGGAUUUCCUUUUCUUAUGCUAGAUUAUGUUUUGUAUUAUAAUGACAAGAAAAUAGGAAUUUUUUCCAACCUUUUAGUAUUUGGAUUCUGUAAAGCUAAGUUUCCCGUUAAAGGGAAAUGCUUUGAAAAUGCAUUGUAAAUGCCCGUUUUUGUAAGUUAAUCAUGAUUAUCUCAGAAAAAGAACAGUUUGUUCUUUGAAGACAAAAAUAAAAGUGUUUUUGGUUAA